CCGGCACCCAGGAAGCCCGCGAGCGUCGGGGGGGUUCUCGGCAGCUGCCGCCGCUCGCUGGCUUCGCUUCCUGGGAGGAAGAAGCCCCGCCAGGCAGGAACCGGCAGAGGCCCAAGCAAAGCGGGGAAGCCCCGCGGAAGCCUCGCCCGUGCCAGGCGGCAAGCGGCCCCCUCCUCCGGCCGAGCGGCUUUCCGCACGGGCUAAGCCCGGGGGCGAGGGCCGCUUCUCCUCGCAGCUUCCGAGCGCGGCCACCUGCGGAAGGAGCCGGGGCCGCUUCUCCGGCUUGGCAGCGGCUGCGGGGAGGGGAGGCUGGAAGCCCCGCAGCCGCCUCCGCCCGCCCUGCUCUCGUCAUCGGGGGGCGAGGCAGCCGCGCCUCUCGCCCGACGGGCCCCCCGCCCUGCAGGCCCCAGCAGCUAUAAAGGCGGCGGCGGCGGCGGCGGCGGCGGCGCAUCUGCAGCAGCCCUUCCCAAGGACCGCCCGACGGACGGAGGCGCGAUGGAGGCGGCCGGCCCCAUUGAGCAGAGCGAGGAAAUGGCUUCCAGGGCAAGAAAACCAGAAGCGAAGCGAGCAUCAAGCACCUGCCCUUCAGACCAUCACAGGAUUUCAGAGACAGAAAGUCACCUGGUUUGUGGAAAGGAAUUGCAGCUGGAAGCCCAGAGGGGCCACAGCACCACAGCUUGAAGCCUGCGUAGCCCCGUAGCCUACAAAGCCAUCCAGCUCCCUUCGCCUUCACCAAGCCAUCUUUGACCCUCAGCGCCUACACAGGAGUUGGUCAAAUGGCAUCGUCCCAUCUCAUUGCGGUUGCCUUAAGUCCUUCAGACCUUGGGAGUGCGACAUUGUUUGUAGCUUUGUAGCCAGGAGUGCUGUUAGGGUUCAUCCUUAGCCCUUCACCAUCAGUUUUUAGAAGAAGAUAACCUGUUCGCUUCUCGCUGCUGUGUCUGUGGCAGCGAUCGGAUCCCUCCAAUUCGGGUACAACACGGGAGUCAUCAAUGCUCCUGAAGUGAUCAUCAAGGGCUUUUUCAAUGACACGUCGCUGGAACGGACGGGAGACUACAUCUCAAAGAGCCUCCUGACCGCUCUGUGGUCCCUUUCGGUGGCCAUUUUCUCAGUCGGAGGCAUGAUUGGCUCUUUCUCUGUCGGGUUUCUUGUCAACCGAUUUGGCAGGCGGAAUUCAAUGCUGCUGGUGAACGUCCUGCCCAUGGUGGCUGGCCUCUUGAUGGGCUUCUCCAAGAUGGCCCGGGCAGUGGAGAUGCUGAUCAUCGGGCGCUUCAUCAUCGGGGUCUUUUGUGGCCUCUGCACUGGCUUGGUGCCCGUGUACAUCAGUGAAGUCUCCCCGACUGCCUUGCGGGGGGCUUUUGGCACCCUGAACCAGCUGGGCAUCGUGGUGGGCAUCCUGGUGGCCCAGAUCUUUGGCCUGGAUGUCAUCCUGGGGACGGAAGAACUCUGGCCGGUCUUGCUGGGGUUCACCAUCAUCCCAGCCGUCCUGCAGCUGGUGACCCUCCCCUUCUGUCCCGAGAGCCCCCGAUUCCUGCUGAUCAACAAGAUGGAGGAAGAGAAGGCCAUCAAAGUGCUCCAGAGCCUGCGUGGCAUCCAGGAUGUGUCCAGUGACAUCCAGGAGAUGAAAGAGGAAAGCGCCAAGAUGUCCCAGGAGAAGAAAGUCACCAUCCCAGAACUCUUCCUCUCCCCCAGCUACCGCCAGGCCAUCCUCAUCGCCAUUGCCUUGCAACUCUCGCAGCAGCUCUCGGGCAUUAACGCGGUGUUCUACUAUUCCACUGGGAUCUUCGAAGAUGCCGGAGUGAAGCAGCCAGUUUACGCCACCAUCGGGGCCGGCGUGGUCAAUACCGUCUUUACUGUAGUGUCGCUCUUCCUUGUGGAGCGGGCAGGGCGUCGGACCCUCCACCUGGUUGGCUUAAUGGGCAUGGCUGUCUGCGCAGCCGUCAUGACCGUCUCCUUGGCGCUGAAGAAAAUUGUGACUUGGAUGAGCUACGUCAGUAUUUUUGGCACUUUUGCCUUUGUGGCUUUUUUUGAAAUUGGACCUGGACCGAUCCCGUGGUUCAUUGUGUCCGAACUCUUCAGCCAGGGCCCUCGUCCUGCAGCCGUGGCCGUGGCUGGUUUCUGCAACUGGGCCUCCAACUUCUUGGUGGGCAUGCUCUUUCCCUAUGCGGUGAAAUUAUGUGGGCCUUAUGUUUUCCUGAUCUUCGUUGGCUUCCUUAUUUUCUUCUUCAUCUUCACCAUCUUCAAAGUCCCUGAGACAAAAGGCAGGACUUUUGAAGAGAUCUCCAGUGGGUUUGAGAGGCCAGCCGUGAAUGGGCUCGCUCCAGCAACUGGCAACAAGAGCUCAAUGGUGGAAUUAACUAGCAUUCAGUCUAAGGAAGAUGCCUAACCCCCCCCCCCCGCCCCAUCCUUGCUUGCCUCUGAAAGGAGCUCUCCCUUUGUACCCGUUGCUGUUUCUUCAUGUCCCCCGUGACUUCCGGCUCUUGCCAUGGCUUCAGUGCUCCACUAGGACAAGAGAAAGGCGGCCGUUUGACCCGCUGUGCUUCUUCCUGCCACGUACCUCUGGAGGACUGAGGAAUGGCUCCGAGCUCCUUGAAUGCUUGUUACGUUAUGUGGAGGCUAAACCGUUUUUGUGGUUGGUCAUUCAUGUCUUUGAGGCCAGUUCCUUGUCUGUCCGUGAGUUAACCAUCCUUUCCUCCCGAUGUUUUGCGGUGUUUUCUACAGGGUGAAGUGCAGCACACUGGAAUUUACUUUGAAAAAAAGGGAACGAGACACUUUGUUCCACUUUGUCAAAUGGGGGAUUUCUUCUGUGUUUGGGAAAUUAAGAUCAGAACUACUUUUUUAUUUACUAGACUUAAUUUAUUCCUUGUAUCACUUUGCUUGGAAAUAUUUAUUUUUAUGCAACACUCCUCUGAGUAUAAGGACAGGAAAGAAGCAUAAGAUGACUUUUUUCUUAAAAACAAACAAACAAAAAACUCAGUGAUGGGUGGUGGGAUCCCAAAGAGACCAAGGUCGGGUGAUGAGCCUGGAGUGCGCCAGGGGACCCCCCCCCAACUGAUAAUGCUUGAAGGGGGGGAGGAAGUUAAAGGCAUCGCGUGGGGAAGACAAGUGGAGACAGUCUGCUUAGGACCUGCUCUUCUCCCUGGGGGGAACCCAAGGGUGGGGAGGGGAGCCUUGGGGUUUGUGGUGCAUGGGUGGCAUGGGUGCCAGGGAGUGAGCUGGCCCUCUGCCCAGGAGGACUUGCCUGGGGCAUCUAGGGGGCUCCUGGAUGGGGGCUGAGGGAUGGCAGAGGCCAUGGCUGGGCUCCCUUCUGGGACCUCGGAGGGCAUCUUAAAGGGGCAAAGCUUUAAUGGUGCAGCUGCAGCUGCCAUCUUGACUCUUUUGCCCCCCCGAGACAUCCCUGGAGUAGUCAUUUGUCUUAUAAAGAAGGCAAUACAGAGUAUUUGUAAUUCCCCAGAUGCUUUUGACUUACCGAUUCUGGUGACUGAUUUAAUUUCCUUCUUUAUGAUACGAUUACAUGAAAAAAAAAUCAGAUGUUAUUUGCUUAAGUGUAUUUUUGCAAUCUUUUGUUGUUAGGUGAAUCAAAAGUGAAAUUUUGAGGAUGAAGAAUAGGCAGCUAAGACUUCAGAUGAAGGAAUUUAAGAGACCAAAGCUACUAAAUAAAAGAAGAAAACUAUAGUUUUUUUCCCCUGAUCUAUUUAUUUAUUGGAAAGAAUGUAAAUAGUUACGGUCUAGCUUUACGGUAUAUAUUUAUAUAAUGCAGAGAGACUUUGCUGGUCGCUCUUUCUAUGGCCAGGGGACAAAGCCUGGACUUGGGAGCUCCCAGGGGUGCAAACAUCCCUCGGUGGAGUGAACGGACCCUUCUUGCCCCCCCCCAAAGACCCUGCUGGGACGCUUCUUCUCCAGGACGGUCACGGAAGUCCUGGCCAGAAAAGGGCCAGUUGCCUCCAGCAAAACCUCUCCCUGCUUGGAGGGGGAGGUUGGGCAGCUGCCUGGGUGUGAGAGUGAGGCCGCUAGAGGGAUACUGUGCAAAAGCUGUGAUCUUCCUGGGUGUGUCUGGGUGUGGUUUAAUUGGAAGCUGGCAAAAGGGAGAGAUGGGCAGGGGACCAUGGUUUCUGGAGUGCGGCUUGGCUACCCGUCUAAACUUGGAAUAGUUUGCAUUCUCAACCGUCCUCCGCCCCGAUCUCCCUUCAAAAAUCUGUGCCUCAUCUCCACCCUGCCUUGUUUCCCUGAUUUUUAAAAAAUCCUUAUUUAGCCCACUGAAGGCUCUUCUUCCAACCGAGACAAUACGGGAGUGCAAAGUAUUCCGCAUUUGAAGUAUGUAAGUUUUGUCUUCUUGUGUGGUGAAGAUUUCCAGAGUUUUAUAAAUGUUAUUGUGAAUGUGUCAUUUUUUACAAAAUAAAAAGAAAAAAGAAAGAAACUUUUGGUUGCA